GGGCUCCAAUUUUCUCUCUGAUAAACAAAAAUGGCUGCUAAAGAUAGAAGAGCGGCAGUAGAUUGCCUUGAAAAACGAAUUUCUGAGUUGGAAAGACAAGUCCUUACCAGCGAAGAAGACCUCCAAAGUCUUAAGGGUUCAUCGUGUUUGGGAACUUUAAACAACGUUCAGAAAAAUCUCGAUAGAAUUGGAUCAAAGUAUUCUAGAAUAGCAGCAGUGUGGAAGAGAGUUAAAGAGCUGGAGAAAUUUCUCUCUCCUGAGUUUUUGGAAGAAGCAACACUAACAGAUGAUUCUAAGGCUGACAUAAUCAUAGCAGGUGAGGGCCAGUUAAAGGCAUGUGCUGAUCAGCUUCAGCAAGUUGAAGAUUUGAAAAAGGUUGUGACCACAGAACCCAUAAAAGAUUUGCCCACUUGGUCUGCCAAACUGCAACCACUGGUAGAACUUCAUAUUCAGCAAAAGGAAGAGUUUGAUGCAGCGGACGAUAGGUUACAUAAUCUUCUAGCUGCUUAUAACAACAUUAUAAAUCUCCUCUCAAAACAGUUUGUGCAGUGGGACAGUUCACUGACUCAAAUUGAACAAGCCAUGGAAGUAAAACCAGCUGACUAGCCUUCACAACUCACAUUCCAACAGAAUAAUGUGGAAAAUAUUUAAGGGAUUUUGGAAGUUAGAAUCUUAAUUAAGUGUAUUGAAAAACUGAGAAAGGUAUUGACUGUUGAUUUGAAAGUAUAGAACAAAUGCUGACAUUUUGCCAAGAUGUGUCCUUCUGAAUUUGUGUUUGGUUUCUUAAUUUGUAGUAAUACGUUAUAAGUAGAUGUUGGUGCUGUCGAUGUUUAAGGUCACUUUCUUUUUUUUUUUAAUGGGAAAUUGAACGGAUAGUUGGGAAGCAAAAUCUCCCAGGUUACAAGUUCCGCUGUAGUACUCCCCUUCUUUGAGAAUUAAAACCUACCCCAGUUGAUCAUUUAAAAAUGCAAUUUGGUUUUAUUAACUGAGUCGAUAAUGUAAACUGGC